UGUGGGUUCAUGCAUCUCUGGUAGAAGCUUCGGGUUGGUGCGUCGGUCUCUAGUUUUGAACGUCAGAACAGAGCGGGAGAGCGCACGAUUCCGGGACAUACAUCGCUUUUCUGGAAACAACUGGUGUACGGGCCUCUACGCAUACCUUUAUAUUUGAUCUGUUGCUCAGGUGUUCCGAUGGCGUCGGAUGGCGUUGCACAGCUGGUUGACUCUCUGGCUAAAACUCAGGUGACUGAGGGAGAGUUGAGCUAUAAGGGCCAAGGAUGCAAAUUUGACAAUGCUGAAUCGGUGGAAAACAUGGUGAAAGAGAUCCAGGAGUUUAAAGGGUUGAAGGCACUCAGGCUGGAGGGGAACACUUAUGGAGUGGAGGCAGCACAGGCCAUCGCUAAAGCCCUGGAGACCAAGACUGAAUUUAAGUACUGUUACUGGAGUGACAUGUUUACUGGGCGACUGCGUUCUGAGAUCCCUCCAGCCCUGAACUCCCUGGGUGCCGCCCUGAUGACAGCCGGCGCCAGAUUGACCGUGCUGGACCUCAGUGAUAACGCCUUUGGACCAGACGGGGUGAAGGGCAUUGAGAAGCUGCUCAAGAGCACCGCCUGUCACACGCUGCAAGAACUGCGGCUCAACAAUUGCGGCAUGGGCAUUGGUGGAGGCAAGAUCUUGGCUGCAGCGCUGAUGGAGUGUUAUAAGCAGUCUUCUGCUCAGGGCAGCCCCCUCGGGCUGAAGGUGUUUAUCGCGGGCAGGAAUCGUCUGGAGAACGACGGGGCCACUGCACUCGCACAGGCCUUCCAGCUGAUGGGCAGUCUGGAGGAGGUUCACAUGCCCCAGAAUGGAAUCAACCACGCCGGGGUGACAGCCCUGGCCACAGCCAUGCAACACAAUCCCCAGCUCCGGGUCCUCAACCUCAACGACAACACCUUCACCAAGAAAGGAGCUAUCGCCAUGGCACAGGCUCUGAAACAUUUGCGCAAUGUCCAGGUGAUAAACUUUGGAGACUGUCUGGUUCGUUCGGAGGGUGCAAUAGCCAUCGCCGAGGCGGUCACAGAGGGGCUUCCCAUCCUCAAGGAGCUAAAUCUGUCGUUUGGGGAGAUCACAGAAGAAGCUGCCCUUUUGGUGGCACAGUCGGUGGAGGGCAAAGCCACACUGGAGAAACUGGAUUUAAAUGGUAACUGCAUUGGAGUGGGGGGUUGUGAUGCUCUCAGAGAGGUGAUGGAAGGUCUGAACAUGGGAAACAGACUGGGAACACUGAGUGAUGAUGAAGGAGAGCCAGAGGACGAUGAUGAUGAUGAGGAGGAGGAUGAGGAGGAGGAGGAGGACGAGGACGACGAUGAUGAGGAGGAGGAGGAUGAUGAGGAGGAGGAAGAGGAAGAUGAGGAGGAAGAUGAAGAAGAGGAGAGCAGUGUGAAGGUGUCCACCCCACCGUCUGCACCCCGUCCCCCAGAUGCUGCUUCCUUCCUCUGCUUCCCUUCCCCAGACAAGCUGCUCAAACUGGGCACAAAGAGGGCCGUGCUCAUUGAACAGCAGGUAGAUGUGGCUGAUGCUUUUAAAACUGCGGAGGCUUUCCUGAAGAUCUCUUCAGUGUAUAAAGAGGAGGAUGAGGAGGUUAAGAGUGCUGUCUUGGACAGUAUUGAUACAGUUCUCCGGAAAGCCUUUGCCAACCCUUCUUUCCAAGGCUUUAGCUUUGUAUCAUCCCUGCUAGUAAUGCUGGGACUCCUGAAGAGUGAGGACAAGGUGAAGCCGGUGUGUGUGGUGCCCGGUCAUUUGCAAGCACUGGAAUACGCCGUGCGUCAGGAAUACUUUCCCCAGGAACACAUCGCUGUGCUGGAGGCCUUCAUGUCCCGGCACAGCCAGGCCCUGGAGCCGUGCGCCGGUGCCAGGAACCGCCUCAAGUUGACACUGGAGCGAGUCCGGCAUGAGAGCUGAAGAGCACAGAACCACAGAGACACUCUCGCUUCGGCAGACUUCUGAACAGAACUGCCCCCCCCCCCCCCCCCCCAGACACACGGGGCUCUUUAGUGCAACACAAAAAGGACGGACCGUGAACCCAACCAGCACACAUGACCACUGCGCUCUAAUCUCCCCGACUCAGAAGACUUCCAGACUGAGCUUCUUACCUUACCUGGUGGACAUUUGUUUUAGAUGGAGUAUGAUCACACAGGCAACCAUGUGGGAGAUCAUGUGUGAUUGGCCUCUGGCCUCAUUCACAGGGAAAGGACUAAAUUGCGGUCUUCAACACAAGUUCUCAUUAAUGGUUUUAUAUAUAAAAAAAAUUGUAAAGAAAAAUAAAAAGGGUAAAAUAAUACAAAUUCUGAUACAUUGUGUCCUAUGUAUUGCUCUGGAAAUAUCUUAUAAUGAUACCAUAAUCAAAAGUGAAGUGCUGAAUACAUUUUUAGAUUAAUCCAACUAUUAAUUUUGACACUUUGGGUGUUUAGUUUGAGUGUGUAUGCCUAUACUAUAUGUUCUGGUCCUGUGAACAUUUCAAUUUGACAAUUUAGCAAGCCAACACUGCCAUGAAUAAGGCUCUAUUUCUUCAACCAUAUUUACAUACUUCUGCUGUGGGACUAUUUAAUUGGGUGAAUGUAUUUCCUCCACCUGCUUUUUCUGACCUAUACUCCUGUGGCUUGUACUGAGCAGGCAGACAGCAACAACUAUUUCACAUAGAUUUUACUGAACGUAUUCCCAGAUAAGGGAUAAUGUAUUGGGGUAAUUGUCUAUGUUUUUGCAGUACAUAAAUGGUACCAUUAAAUGAAGCAGAACACCAUU